CUGUGAAGCUGCCAUGUCAGCAUUCACUCCUUUGCACGCCAGACUUUGUCCACAAUUUUUUUGAAGUAUUCCAUUAUCACCCUCAAAAAAAAUCUCGCUCUUUCCUUUAUUACCCACUCUUCCUGCCUCCCCUCGCACCUUUCACUCCAUUGCAUGGUCCAAUGGCUCAAUUGCUCUCCCCUGUGUGCACUGAAGCUCUCAAAUUCCAAAACCCAUUAUUUAAUUUGUGCUCGAGAAGUUCAUGGGGCAUGUUAUCAAAGAUCACAACUCCUUGGACUGUGUUGGGUCGUGGUGCCAAGAGAAGAGGCAGUGGCAGAGUCAGGGUCGCUACUGAGGGCUCGCCUUCGACCCAGUCGAUUGCCGAGGAUUAUUAUGGGGUGUUGGGUCUGCUUCCAGAUGCCACACCAGGGCAGAUUAAGAAAGCCUAUUACAAUUGCAUGAAAGCUUGCCAUCCAGAUCUGAGUGGGGAUGAUCCAGAGACCACAAAUUUCUGCAUGUUCAUAAACGAGGUCUAUGCGGUGCUCAGCGACCCUGUGCAGCGCAUGGUUUAUGAUGAAAUUCAUGGCUAUGCUUUGACUGCAGUCAAUCCUUUCCUAGAUGGUUCCAGCCCAAAGGAUCACGCAUUUGUUGAUGAAUUUAGCUGUAUUGGGUGCAAAAAUUGCGCUAAUGUGGCAUCGGAUGUCUUCGCAAUUGAGGAAGACUUUGGGAGAGCCAGAGUCUACAGCCAGUGUGGGAAGCCUGAAUUAGUUCAACAAGCAAUUGAUACUUGUCCAGUUGAUUGCAUCCAUUGGACAUCUGCUGCACAACUAUCCUUGCUUGAAGAUGAGAUGCGCAGGGUAGAAAGAGUAAAUGUUGCAUUUAUGCUCUCAGGAAUGGGAUCAGCAGCCGUUGAUGUUUUCCGAAUGGCAAGUACUCGGUGGGAAAAGAGGCAAGCAAAAGUUUUGGAAAAAGCUAAACUGAGAAUGAUGAAGCAGAAAGGUUCUGAUAAAAGUGAACCAUACUGGAGCAAUCUAUGGGGCAAGCCCAGGGACUACCAAAAAUCAGGGAUAUUUCAUAUUGAUUUGAUAAAAUCAAAGAAUUAUGGAUUUCAUCUUGAGGAGUUGUUAGUGUUCCCACAAAAUGCUACUUGUGAUCGAUCACCCAACACAUCGAGGGAGGAUUGAAACCGGCUGACAAAUACUAAAACGACGAUUUCAUUGUCAUUGCAAAAGCAUAUCAUAUCAAUUGCUUUGGAGGCUCAUGAGAAUGAUUAGAUAUUGCAACAGCCAACAGGCAUAUUAAAAUUGAAAGCCAACUGCUAACUGCUUGGAAGUUGGAGUGUGGUAUCUACUACUUGCUUUGAUUUUAAAUAUAAAAAAUCAAAAGCUGACAUAUUGUUUG